AUGAAUGCAAACUCCUCACCCUUUUGGUUCCGCAUCCCGUGCCCUCCCUCGGGGAGGGACCGAUCGAGAACCCUGCACUCUGGUAGCGGGGUGGGGGGGUCCACGGCGGGCUCGAUUGACUCCACCGACGACGAGGACUGCCUGGACCACACCACCAUUUUCCGAGAUUUCCGGCGGGUCAUGCGUGAGUCUCUCAGCGCCGACCUCCCGUCUGGCGAAAGAAUUGCAGCGCUGUGUGCCAGGGCGGAGCAGCAAGUCCGCUUCUCCCACCUCCUCCUCACGCAAGCCCCGCAGAAGAGCGAGUACUCGGUCCUGGCGCCAGACCCGUCGGAGAUCGCCGAGGGUGCGGUGCAUGACGCCGAGGCGGCCCUCAAGCUGGCACCCACCUGCGCCGCUGCCCAGAGGCUCAGGGCUGAGGCUCUGGAGCUGGUGAGGCGGUAUGAGGAGGCUGCGCAUGUCGCCCCCCCACACCCCGCCCCGGCACGGGAGCAGGGCACCCUUUGCCCCUCCUCCGCCGCGUCCUCCGUGUCCUUGGCAGCCUCCUCGCUAGCCUCGGCGGCCGCCGCUGUGGCCGACAUGCGGGGCGGCGACUCCACCCCCCUGCCCCAGGACCUGCUGUCGGACCUGGAGUGCCCGCUGUGCCUCAAGCUCCUGUACCGCCCCGUCACCACGCCCUGCGGGCACAGCUUCUGCCAGGCCUGCCUGCCGCGCUGCCUGGACCACACCAGCCGCUGCCCCACCUGCCGCACCCCAAUGAAUGCAACGCACGCCCCGGCCAUCAGCAUCACCCUGCAGUCGCUGCUGGAGCGCUGCUUCGCCAAGGAGCUGGCCGAGCGGGCGAGGGAGGAGCAGGAGGAGAGGGUGGCGCUGGAGUCCAGGAUGCCCCUGUUUGUCAUGUCCUACCUGCUCCCAGGUGAGCACCUGAGCCUGAACAUCUUUGAGCCGCGGUAUCGCCUCAUGGUCCGGCGCUGCAUGCAGGGCAGCCGCCGCUUCGCCAUGACCAGCCGCCGGCACCCGGGCCGCGCCUCGGACGAGCUCUGCUCCGCCGCCUGCGAGGUGGAGAUCACUGAGUGCGUGGCGCAGCCGGAUGGCCGCUUUGGCAUCCACGUGGUCGGCCGGCGCCGCCUGCGCCUCCAGGGCGUGCAGGACAUCGACGGCCUCCUCUACACCACUCCAUCCGACCUGCGAGACGGCGCGACCUCAGAGCCACCCUCGCCGGAGCUCCGCGCCCGCGUGGCGGAGGUGGAGAGGCGGGCGCAGGCCUGGAUCGACCGCCUCCAGGAGCUGGUUGAGAGCAAGCCUGGUCUGCGGGCACUUCUGGAUGCGGCGUCAGACAGACCGGAGCCCGGAGAUCACGAGGCCCUCUCCUUCUGGGCGGUGCGUCUGUCAGGCCAGCUCUACUCCUGCGUCGCCAGGGCGGGGCUGGUGGUCCGGCUGUCCGACAACCCUGCCAGGUAUCGCCGGGAGAUCAUGGAGAUGGAGAGCACGCUGGAGCGCCUGACCCUGGCCUCCAGCCUCUUGUUUGCCGCGCAGAAGAAGAUCAUGGGUGGGUGCUGCAUCAGCUGA